AUGCGUGUCUUAAUAUUGGUCGCACAUCCUGAUCCAACUCAUGAAGCUACAUCAUUUAGGUUCGCUUUGUCUGCAAAGGCAGCACUUGAGGCAGCAGGAAAUGAGGUUAGAUAUGUAAAUUUAAUUGCAGAAGGCUUUGACAAAGCUGGCUCCGCUGGAGACUUCAAGCAAUUGAAAACAGAUCCAUUUACAUACGAUGGAAACCAAAUGAUCAAAGAUAAUCUGAUCGAUUGCAUCAAAGUUCAACAAGAAAAUUUACUUUGGUCAACUCAUGUAGUCAUCUUCGCACCUCUUUGGUUUGGAAGACUUCCAUCAUGCUUUUACUGCUACACAGAGCGUGUCCUUUCUUUCCCAUUUGCUUAUGAUUACGAAAACUACAUAGAGAAAGGAUUUCUUAAAGGCAGAAAAGUAACAUCAAUCAUAUCAACAGGAGUAGAUUCGUCAUUCUUUGAUCCAAAGAACGGAAAUACAUUGGAUGCUUAUGCAUGGUCAGCAAUGUAUGGAUUCGAUUACUCUGGAUUUACGAUACUCCGUUCUCUAGGCAUAUAUAGCGCAGUUGUUCCAGAGAUGAUCAAACAACAGCCUGAACUCAUGAAAAAGAUUAACGAAAAAAUCGUUAAGCUCGAUCAGUGGAAGACUGUUGGAAGCAACAAAUGCUUUAACGCAUUAUGCUCUCUCGAAGAAGUUACCCCCGAUAACAUUCUCGUUAGUGAAUAA